AGGAACCUGCCUGAGUACCUGACCAGCCCACCUGCGUGGUGCCCGGCCCCUGCUGGAGACCUCCUCGCCCACCCUGGCUCUGCUCGAAGACUCCAGCCUGGGAGCGACUUCAGCUUCUGCCUUCUCCGUGUUCCCGAAGCCAGAGACAUGACCUGAAACCCGUGCAACCACUGUCAGGACCCUUGGGUGACUGGCAAGUGCACCAUGGAACUUAAAGUGUGGGUGGAUGGCGUUCAGAGGAUUGUUUGUGGGGUCACCGAGGUCACGACUUGCCAGGAGGUUGUGAUAGCCCUCGCUCAAGCUAUAGGUCGAACUGGAAGGUACACCCUGAUAGAGAAAUGGAGAGACACCGAGAGACACUUGGCGCCUCACGAGAACCCCAUCAUAUCUCUGAACAAGUGGGGGCAGUAUGCUAGCGACGUCCAGCUCAUCCUGCGACGGACCGGGCCGUCCCUCAGUGAGCGACCCACCUCGGACAGCGUGGCUCGGAUUCCGGAGAGAACUUUGUACAGGCAGAGUCUGCCUCCCCUAGCCAAGCUGAGGCCCCAGGUAGACAAAUCCAUCAAAAGGAGGGAGCCUAAGCGGAAAUCGCUGACAUUUACAGGAGGUGCCAAAGGCUUAAUGGACAUUUUCGGGAAAGGGAAAGAAGCGGAAUUUAGGCAGAAGGUGGUGAGUAAGUGCGGGGCGACGGCCGACGAGCUGAAGAGGCUGAUCCGGCUGCAGACGGAGAGGCUGCAGUCCAUCGAGAAGCAGCUGGAGGCCAGCGACCGGGAGAUCCAGUCGUGGGAGCAGAGGUAUAACUCCAGCCUCGAGGAGGAGGUGGUCCGCCUUGAGCAGAAGAUCAAGAGGAACGACGUGGAGAUCGAGGAGGAGGAAUUCUGGGAGAAUGAGUUGCAGAUCGAGCAGGAGAACGAGAAGCAGCUGAAGGACCAGCUGCAGGAGCUGAGGCAGAAGAUCGCCGAGUGUGAGGGCAAGCUGCGGGACUACGUGGCGCAGAUUCAGGCCAUGGAGAGCGGCCUGGAGGCCGAGAAGCUGCAGCGGGAAGUGCAGGAGGCCCAGGUCAACGAGGAGGAGGUGAAGGGGAAGAUCGGCAAGGUGCGAGGGGACAUUGACAUCCAAGGGCAGCAGAGCCUGAGGCUGGAGAACGGCAUCAAAGCUGUGGAAAGGUCUCUUGGGCAGGCCACCAAGCGGUUACAGGACAGAGAGCAAGAGCUGGAGCAGCUGACCAGAGAGCUGAGGCAGGUCAACCUCCAGCAGUUCAUCCAGCAGACCGGAACCAAGGUGACCGUGCUGCCGGCCGAGCCCACGGAGCUGGAGGCCUCGCAGGCAGGCGCAGACAGGGAGGCGCCAUUCCAGGCUGGGUCCCUGAAGCGACCUGGUUCAUCGCGGCAGCUCCCCAGUAACCUCCGCAUUCUACAAAAUCCCGUCUCAUCGGGUUUUAACCCCGAAGGCAUCUACGUAUAACGUUGUCUGUCUUCAGGGAGAAAUCCAGCAAAGGUACCAAGGACAAGAAAAAUCCGUCUUCGGUCUGUGCCAAUGAUGAACAGAGGACGUCUCACAAGCCACUGUACCUUUUCUGUCCUGAGUUGCAAACCACUCCGAGCCACGCCUGUGCGCUGAUGCUAAAGGACAAGGGAGCGGCAGCGACGCGUCGUGGUCCCGCGGCCGCGCUGCAAAGCCUUCAUUUCUGUGAGCAUUAGGGCAGUAUUAUACUAUAGUGUAUACACAAAUAAACCGUGCGUUAAGAGUAAAGAGAA